AAGCCCCGCCGUCUCGUCUAGGGCGAGCGUCGAGCUCCAUCGUUCUGUGCGGAGGUCAAGUCUCGCCGGCGAAGUCUCCCGGAAAGGAGAGAAGUAAAGCAAGGAAAAAGCCGAGAACGAACGGAAAAGCCAAAUGGGUAUCUCGAGCUACCCGGGUCCUCCCGACGGCUUGCUGGCAAUGCUCGUGAUGAGCAUUGUCUACGUGGUGGCCAUGCUGCUCAACAUGGCCGCGUCCUUGGCUCCCGAAGACGGAGAAGACUCCCGCCCCCCUGCCGGAGAGAGGAGCAGGGCCUCCGCAGUCCGGGUCAGGCGGUUCGAGUCGCGUCGUCGCCGUGGCGGCAGCAGGGCGGCGGCGGCGGAGGAGUGUUGCGUGUGCUUGAGCGGGUUCGAGGACGAGGAGGAAGUGAGCGAGGUGGAGAGGUGCAAGCACGUCUUCCACAAGGGCUGCCUGGAGAGGUGGUUCCAAGGUUACCGGUUCACAUCACAAUAUAUUCUGCUACAUAUCCCUUCAUUUCGUUUAGGGCGCAGACGGAGGAUUCCUAGAGGAAGUCCUGGAUCUGCCACUAUGAGCUUUGGUUGUAGGCUUGAUGGAAGUCAGUGUAACGCCAAGAGCAUACACGAAAUAAAGGAAACGAAGAGGAUUUAGACGCAGGAUUUUGCGAGGAUUUCUCAUGGUUGCUAGGAUUCUUUUCAAUCCAUGCAAAGAGAGUUUCGACUUGCUAGGACUCCAGGAGGCGGAACUAAUCUUUGCAUGAAUCCGGUGCAUCUUAAGCUUUUCCGGUGAGCGCGGUCUCCCGCCUUUCCGGCGAGCAAAAUGAAGGUCCUCAUCGGACUUCCUAAGUGCUGCUACUCGUCCAUGUCAAGACUUGAAAUUCUGCUCUUCAUCUACGUUGGGGGAACUCUAAGGUCUGCUGCAUAGCGCGGGUCUAAAUGAACAGUCCGAAACCCGGUUUGGCCCAAAAGUACGGUUCACCGUUAGACUCUUUGAAACUUAUUGGGCCGGGCCAAAUUUUCGGGCUCGAAUACGGAAGCCCGGAAGUGAAUGAUUAACGUAUCAAAUGAUGUUUGAUCUGUAUGUAUUCAAAUUUGAAAAGGGUUUGACCAAAAAAAAUAAAUAAAUUGAAAAGGGUAUUCAAUAUCAA